AUGACCAAGAAGGUGGCCGCGGACAGGGUGGCCAAGGCUCUAGAGGAAGAGCAAACCACCCGCCAAAAACACAAGGCGCGGGUGGAGGAAAUAGAGCAGGAGCUCAAGGACGCCAUUGCAAGGUGUGAGUCCUUGGAGCAAGCCUCCGAACUCACCAAAGCUCUUGAGAGUCUGAAGGAGGCCCGGGUUGAUGCCCAGGGCGCUCGCCAGGAGAUACAAGAGGCGAAGCAGAUUGCAGCUAACCUAGCCGCCUCCUCCCUCGCUCGUUCCUCAUCCCCUCCUCCCGCAGCCGCCUCCCUCCCUCACUCCCACUCACCGCCGAUCCCCAAUCCAGCGACGGCGACGACGGCGGCUGCGGCGGCUCCUGCACCCGCGUUCUCCCCCUCCCCCCCUCCAACACGUCUCUGCUUCUCCCACAGAGGAUGCGGAGGAGCCACCGUGGUCCGGCCUUCUCCCCGCCUGCGCCGCCGUCGCCGCCAACCAUCCUCCCCAUCCCGCCUCAACCAUCCUCCCCGUCUCGCCGCCGUCGCCGAGAUCGACGCCCAGGCGGGCAAGAAGCAACAGAAGACCACCGGAGAAGAAGGCAAAGGCGGAGGAGAAGCCGGUGGAGAAGGACGAGGUGUGCGUGGAAUAGCCCGGCGCGAGGAGGAGGACGAGAUGGCUACCUUCGGGGAGCAGCAGAAGGAGUUGGGGCACGCGGCGGCGGUGGCGGCGGCCAAGAGGCGCAUAGCGCAGGCGACCAAGAAGGCCAGGAACGUGGCCGCCGGCGACAAGGAGCCCGAGUUCCUCGGCCAGCGCCCAUCCCUGCCGACGAGGCCCGCGCCAAGUGGCCGCAGCGCUACCAGCGUGGCUCGCCCAAGAGACCUCAAUGAAACCUUCUUGACCUACAGUAUUCUGCAGAUGGAAGAUGGUGGCCUUGAGCUCCUGCCAGAUGCUGUCCAACGGUUUCCUCUCCGUGAGGAGUUCGCCGACAGUCUGGAACACCCAGAUUAAGUGCCUCUUGUGUUUUUAAUGCCAGAUGGAGUGAAUCUGAGAUGUCAAGAUGACCGGAAUGUUUUCUCUGGACAAGGGCAGUAAGUUGACGGUGGUGGCGCUGGUAGGCUGAACUGCGGCGAGAGACAGCGGCAAGAGACAUCACCCACUGGGCCUGCGCAAACUACUGACAGUGUUAACACAGAAGCACCUGGGUGGAUGAAAAGGUUACUCCUGGGUAGCACUCCACCAGACUGGUCGGCCAUUUCCUUCUCGGAUGAGUGCACUAGAGCAGACAGUCUGCAAAUAUGCAGAAGAACCUAAAAGAAUGUAAUCAGAUCAGAACUCAGGGGUGAGUAUUUUUAGGUGGAAAGGGUCCUUCCAUUAACCAAUAACAGUUGCCAGAUUGCUGGCUACAAGGUCAUGCACGAACGCUCAAGCCUUACCCAGCCAAAUAACAUGGGUAUUUGCUCCAGCCGUGCCCCAAAGGCUGCAAGUCUGUCAGCCAAAAUAUUACAAGUUCUAGGACAAAAUGUAACAGAGUAGCUAGCAAAGUUCAGAGGUAAGAACUCCUUGAUUUCUUGUAGCAGAUGGUAUGAUAAGAACAUGGAUGGAUCGUUUGCGUAUAUAUGCUUACUCUUGCAUUUUCUUUGUCAAGUGUGUAAAAUAAAACCACGGGUUUCAUA